AUGUUAAAGAUUAUUAUUCGCAAAGUAAUUACUUUAUAUAUUUUUUUUAACCAGUUCAAGGAAGAUAUAUCAAAGCGAUUCAAGGCACAACCAGAACAACUUGUGCUAAUAUUUGCUGGAAAAAUCCUUAAAGACAUCGACACACUUGCGCAGCAUGGAAUACAAGAUGGACUAACAGUUCAUUUAGUUAUCAAAACUCAAAACAGGCCUCCAGAGCAACAGAGCCAACCUGACAGCCAAAGCAGUACUGCAGCUACUUCAGCAACAUCCAGUAGUACGGCCUCAACUACCAGUAGCCUUGGUGGAUUGGGAGGACUUGCAGGUUUGAGCAGCUUGGGACUGAAUUCAUCCAACUUCCUGGAGUUACAGACUCAGAUGCAACGACAGCUCAUGUCGAAUCCAGAAAUGAUGUCUCAGAUAAUGGAAAACCCGUUUGUACAGAACAUGCUGUCUAAUCCUGACAUGAUGAGACAAUUAAUUGUGACUAACCCACAGAUGCAGCAGUUGAUUCAGCGAAAUCCAGAGAUUAGUCACAUGCUUAAUAACCCAGACAUAAUGAGACAAACUUUGGAACUUGCUCGAAAUCCAGCUAUGAUGCAGGAAAUGAUGCGAAACCAAGACCGAGCACUUAGCAACUUAGAAAGUAUCCCAGGUGGAUAUAAUGCCUUAAGGCGAAUGUACACUGACAUCCAGGAACCAAUGUUAAAUGCUGCCCAAGAACAGGUAAGUAAGCAAUCAUUGUCAUUCCUUCACCAGGAAGAAAAAUUUUUUUAAUUCCA